CGAAAUCAUUGCCUAAUCUCUUGAAAAGCUGAUCCUGGCCAUGGGAUUUCCAAUCGCAAUUGGUGCCAAAUCGGUAUCAUAUCAAGGAAUAAGGUCACCAGAACCGAUCGAAGAAGUCUCGGAAGAUGGAGUGACGCUCAGUCCUUUCUUUGGACUACAACGCGCCCCCACUGUGGCGCUCGGCGUCUCUGGCGACAAAAAGCUGCAGGCGCUUGUUUCCAUACAUUUUUACGAGGUGGUGAAACAUGAGAGUGGAUCCAAAGUCCAUGGAAUAGCCGAGGUGUGCGUUACGAUUUCACCGCUGUCGGAGCACUUUUCAAGGUCUCGAUUCAGGGAGAGUAUCUUCCGAGUACGCAUGCCGCACAGCUAUGAGCGUAUGCCUGCUGACAGCUCAAACGAAACCUCCCAGAAAUUUGAAGCACAUUCAAUCGAGCCUCAUAUUUUAUUUACGAAUGAUGCCAAAAAUCUGAUAUGCAUUAUACCGACAAACAACGGCCAAAAUUCAAUGGCGGUUCUCUUUCAUAUUCGUAAGGUCCAUGGGAAAAGUAUCGCCAUUCCAGGUCACAAUGGUCGCUUGCCGGCCCCUCCGUAUCUUCUCAAUGUUCCCGCACAAGUACACAAAAAAAUCUCAGAGGCCUUGGUGGCGAAAAAUCCAUGUUUACUCGAGACGAGAGAGGAAAGCGACGAUUUCAGAGCAACGAGCGCGACGGCACCACCCAGCGCCAAGUCUAUUCUACUGGUCGGAAGCUCGGACGGCCGUAUUUUGGCGGUAUCUUUACGACCAUUUCAAGUUCAGGGAACCAUUCAUAUGCCCAACGACGAUAACAGCACUGCAGUCUUGGCUUUGGAGUCGUGUGUAGGGGCUAGUGGUCGUGCAGACGAUUUCGGGCGAGUUGCUUGUCUAACCGACAACGGACUUGUCACGGUCUUCGACUUGCGACGAUUGACGGACUGUGCUUUAACAGGAGCUCUCUCCGAAACCAAGAAAAGCACUUUGAAUUGUACAGGAGCAGAAUUUGCGUAUGCAGAUAACGAUGCAGUAGGCAUGUAUACAUUGGACAAAGUCUGUGAGAUAGAGAAGAGGCCCUUCGAAUGUUGUAAACUUCUUUCGGAUUUAUACUUGGCAGUUAUGGAAAUCCUACCAGAUAAAAGCACUGUUUCGGUUUGGGCACUUUGCAGUGGUGGACAGACUUGCUGUAUAUCGGAGUUGCAAGUUACUAGGGACAACCUGCGCGAAAGUGCCCACGCUACAUUUACUCUGGCUUGCAAUCGCUCACCCCAUGCGCCUACUUCCGAUAUGAUGCCACCUCUGAAUUGGAGGUCAGCCAUUGGUUUGGACUAUGACCCAGUGAGUGGUUGCCUUGCUGUGAGUUCUAUUUUGAAAGCUCGUGACGACAGGAAUCAAUCAUUUGGCUCGUCUAAUUCCGAACCUUUCGUGAGUCUAUGGAGCUGGAAGCUCAAUGUCCAGGGGCUCACAAUUGCACUAUCCAAGAAACCUAACAGCUGUUCACUGCACUGUCCAAUGCACCCUGUCUCACGCUUACUCUUCGCGGCCAGCACUGACAUCAGCGCGAAGAGCAAUACAAUGUUCAAGGUCACGCACGUCAUCGGAUCUGCGAAUACGAAAUCUUCGUUUCUGCAAAAGGAAAUAUUUGAUAUUGGGAUUUUGUCGCCCUCAGCCGACAUACGUUUAUGCCGCACAGCUCUUCACAAGACUAACUCACUGCUCCUUUCAUCGAGGUCUGUGAUUUACCCUAAAGUGUCGAGAUCGGCGACCAACGACGCGAUAGAAGUCGACUGGCAGGAAUCAAAAAUACCAAUCGAAUACACUAGUUCAUACGGUGCUCCUUUGACGGGCUGCAUUGGGCAUCGCCGAGGAUUGUCUGUCGCCGUCGCCAGUGAUAAUGGACUAUGCCUGCUUGAUUGUUCGGAAAGAUCAGACGGCAAUACCGUUCGUUCGAAGUGGCGCCAUUUUGGAAAUGCAGUAGAGGAAAGUUUGUUCAAAGUCACUGCAAUGGAGUGGUGGGAAGGUGUAGCUAUUCCUUCCGCUAACGAAAUGUUUCAGGACGACUUGCUCUUGGCUAUUAUAGAAGUUCAUCACGAUGGGAAGGCUGUCGUGUGUCUUUCAUGCUUCUCUCCGCGACGCCUUGACUUUGGACAUCAGCUUUUAUCGUCGCAAUCAAAGGGUGUAAAUAGCAAAUGGGGAAUCAAGCUUUCUGAUCGAUUUUCGUCCGCGCGUCUUGAUAUUCUACCAGAACCAAAGGCAGACUCUGAAAUCAAGUUGUCGGCAGCAACAACGCGACGCGCUGUCAUUUUGAUAUCUGACGCGUCCGACGCAGCGGCCUACGAAGUUUACCAACUUCAAAUUAUUGAAGGCAAUUCAGCUGGGUUCGCAGAAUCAUACUUAGACCUGCAACCGUUCACUGUAGUUGGUAAUUGUGCGUCUGUCGGAACGGUGGGAUCUUGCUGUGAUUUAUUUCUAGCUGGUGCUUCGUUUCGCUUCGAUUGUCGUCAGUUUGAAAGCUUUUCUGCAGACGACGGCCUCUAUGUAGCUACAUUGGGUAUUAUCCGACCGGCAACUGGCGGCGUCGACGCGAUUGCAAUUUCUUCUAACUCCGUUACUGCCUUUGGAAAAGUAGUCGAACGAUUUCCCUCCGUCGAUCCGAAGAUUUCGGAAGUCGUAAACUAUUGGCUUUCGACCAUCAUUUCGGAUGCCGACCGAGUAUACUUCUUUUGGUGUCUGCAAUUGGCCAACGGUAGUCUCAUCACUUGGGUAGUGCCUACCUUUCCCAUUGACAUGAAGUAUAACAACCUAUCUGGUCCUUCGAUUGCGUCAAAUGGAUGGCCUUUUCUUUCAAAAGGGUUUGAAUCUGUUCACCCUAAGGUAUCGAUUUUGGGGCAAACCUCUAAGGCCGGUACGUUGUCGAAGUGGAUGCAACAAUCGAGUUCGGGAACGCGCACCGAUUUUCCCUUGGGCUGCGUUCCCGGAUCAUUUUUUGGUUGCUUGUUGAGAUCGAUGCAGGCGUGCCGCAAGCUUCACCAAUCUGUUUGCCUAGAGAACGAUAGCGAGCCGUUUCGACUGGAUUUCCUGGACCAUGAUGUACUUUACCCGGGCGACCUUGUGUUGUCGCCUCCAGUGUCGAUAACUUCGGUUUACUCGUUGCUCCUUAAUUCGAAUGACUGUGAGUCGAGUCACAAUGCAUUUAGUUCGAAGCUUUGCCAACGACAAAUACACAAAGGUUUGCAUCUCGAUCCUUUUGCAGACUCAUUUGGCCUGUCUCUUCAGCUUCUUGUUCUUCGCACGGCGGAAGCGCUAGCCUCGUCGAAGGUGAGCCUCGGAGGAAAUACACCUGAAGCAAUAGAUGAUGUCAUGGUGAUGUUUACGAGACUAGUAAAUGCAAUUCGAAGCUCGUUGCAACCACUGAACGGCGCAGCAUUGUUCUUGGACGUGGGGCGUCAGAUUGAACCGAGCUGCUUGGCGACUCUAUUUCCGUUGCCUUCAGCUCGCAAUGGAAGUCAUACUUUAUUUCGUGAAAUGGAGGACAUUCUUUCUAUAUUUCUGGCGCAUGGAACUAUUUCUUCUGCAGUUAAAUCACUACCCCUGCUGCUUAAAGACGGCUUGUCGAAGUCGAUGUGUGUCAUCAUGUUUCAGUACUGUCUGAGAAUAUUAAAGACGAGUCUUAAUUCUUACAAUUCUUCGCUACCGGCAGAAGUACGCUCACUUGGUGACAUAUUCCGAUACGGACUUCGACUGGAACGAUUGGAAGACGAUGAAAGUGAUUCGUUACAAACUAGGCUCACAAAAUCGGAAUCUUUGUCGGAUACCGAGUUUGUCGAGCCGCCUGACGAGGGAUACUCAUUGCUUUGUGGAAUUUUUGGAAGACAGCGUAUAGUUAAAGAGCAGGAUUUAGCCAAGGCUGUCGACGCUUUCAUUGAUCGCGGCUUCGACCUCGACCUUAAGCAAAAGGAGGUCAGUCUUUGGUGGAGAACUUGCGAUGAAAGUGAGUCCAAACGGCGAUCGUUUGAGAAGGGAUCAAGUAUUACAGAAGCUGCGAGUCGGUUUGUGCUUGACGCACUUGCCGACUUUCCAUGUCAGCCUUCCGCUAUGCAAGACUGGAAACCGGUCAUCGCAACUUCGUGGAUUCUCGUCGGCGAAGGUAUAAAAAGCCUUCCUAUGUGCACUCACGAUGAGUUCAAGAGGCUCGUUGAGCGUCAAACAAUUUGCUCAUUGAAGGCGGCACUACCAAAAGAACUCAAAGUCAGUGGAAACUUUACUCAAUAUUUUGUAUCAUUUACGCAAGGACUUAAUGCACAGGCUAGCCCGACGGAAGCCGGAUAUGUUUUGGAUGUUGUGUUGGUUCUCCUGUCCAACUGGGAAAGCUGCGCAGCCGAGCUUCCCGGCUUAGCUCUGCUAGCAAUUGUCGUUGCUCAUGGAGCGGAUCGAAUUGAUGAAUUGGGCUUCGACCGAAAUAUGAAGGAUCAUCCUUUGUGGUGUUCGUAUCUCGAUUCGCAAAAAAAGUGAUUUCAUUUUUAUUUUGAACUCACGGUGACUUUUUUGGUCUUUUUAUAGACAUGACGAAUCUUAUCAAAGCACCACAUUUGAACCAUU